CUACGUAACAAGGAAGCACAAAGCUCCAAAUUCCCCAAUCUCCAUGUCGGUGCAAACCACCAAUCACAGCACAACCUGCAGCUGGGCCCAAUAAGACCCCCAGAUCUCUCCCAAUCACAAAACCCUUUGGUUCACUCUAUCUCAAUCUCUUCGCUAUGAAGUUUGAAGAGGGCAACUGCGGUUCAGGGGCUGCUGCUACAUCGUCUAGUUCAAGCGCUGUAGAUUCUUCAAUAAGUUUUGUGCUUCUUUCAGAGUCAGAGGGGUGUAUGAGGCACAUUUUGGCACAUACUUCGCCUCGGGAUGCGUGCAGGGCGUCUUUGAUUUCGAGGGGUGUUAAGUGUUUUGCUAAUUCUGAUGCUGUGUGGGAAAGAUUCUUGCCGGAUGAUGAUCGGGAGAUUAUUUCACGGGCGCUUGAUCCGGUGAGGUAUUCGUCUAAGAAAGAGUUGUACUUUCGGCUUUGUGAUUCGCCUGUUCUUCUGGAUGAUGGGAAUUUGAGCUUCUCCCUAUAUAAACAGAACGGGAAAAAAUGUUUUAUGCUAGGAGCAAAGGCGCUUUCAAUCGCAUGGUCCGCUACGGUUUUCUGGAGAUGGAGAUCUUUACCCGAAUCAAGAUUUUCAGAAGUAGCAGAACUUGUAGCCGUGUGUUGGCUAGAAAUUAAAGGCAAGUUUAAACCUAGUAUGCUUUCGUCAAAGACUACAUACGCAGCGUACCUUGUGUACAACAUUGGACCGCUCUCACGCGGGCUUGAUUUCCCAGCAAAGACAUUGGUUAGACAUGUUGAUGGAACCGAAGAUGCGGAUGAUGAUGUGGCAAUGACUGUUGCUUACUUGAAGCCAUUGAAUACGAAUACACAUAUGGAAAGGAUAGGUGGGGUCCCACGAAAGCGAACAGAUGGGUGGAUGGAGAUUGAAUUAGGUAAGUUUUAUAAUGAUAAAACUGACGGUGAGAUAGACAUUCGGUUUACAGAGAUUAGUGAACUUUAUUGGAAAUCCGGGCUUAUAGUUGAGGGUAUUGAUAUUCGUCCUAUAAAUGAGGAACAACAUACGUGACACAUAAAGGUGAAACAUGUUCCGAUCAAUUGGAACAUGUUGAUUAUGCAACUUGAUUUUGGUAGGUGUUUAUUUCUCUAUUAACAUGUAUUUGUGAUAUAUUAACUGCAAGCUGAAACAUUAAACGUAGCAGGAUAUUUUUAUGAUCCGAGAUCGUAAAGCGGGCAGUUGUAAGGCGGUGUGAGAAUACAAUAUACAUUUAUGACGGAUGGCAAGGGUGUCAGUUAUAGUGGUGGAUAAGACGGUGGCAGCGAUGGUUGUGGGCUUGGUGACGGUGGUAGAUACAACGGUGGUGGCGGGGAGGUGGGUUUGAAGGAAGUGGUAGAAGAAGGGAUGGGGUGGCAGUGACAUCAACAUUGAUGGUCUUGUGGCAAUGGCGGUGGUGACACUGAAAAGGGUGAAGGUGGAGGCAAUGACGGUCAAGGUGGGGUGGAGGCGGUUGUGGUAGAAGCGGUGGUGAUGGUAACUGGUAGGUGGCACAAUGAUGGUGGUGGUGACACAUUAGUAAUACAAGUUAUCCUUGUUAUAUAACUUCAGUAGUACCAAACCAACAUAUAAAGAAAAUUUUUCCAUUAUA